AUGCCGGGGGUGCAUUCCAAGUUCGGUUUCAAGGUGGAGGAGCUGAAGCCGAAGAAAGGUGGGAAACGUGUUAAGGGUUCGUCCAUCCCGCUUAUUCUGCCAAACGACCUACAGUACAAUGCUUCCACUGGUAGAGUAGAGACAGUACAGGGCGAACGGCGGGAAAGCGCACAGAUUGUUCCCGAGGCGUUGGAACUACUGGAGGGGAUCGAGGAGCCCGUGAGUGUCAUCUCAAUCUGUGGGCCCUGCCGGACUGGGAAAAGCUACAUCCUGUCCAGGUUGCUGGGUACAGCUGAUGCUUUCGCGCUGGGCCACCGCAUGUCCCCCCACACGUUUGGUAUCUGGAUGGGCACCAAGGUGCUGCGGGGGAAGGACUUCACUAUCGUGCUGCUUGACACGGAGGGCAUAGACGCACCCGGAGCGAGUGCUGGCCAGGACGCCUCCAUCCUGGUGCUGACAAUUCUGCUGUCCUCUAAACUCAUCUACAACUCACAAAAUGUACCAUACAAGGGAGAUCUGGAAAAGAUGCAGUGCUUCGUCAAUCUUGCUGACGAAAUCUCAGUGAAAAGGGGAAAGAAGUCAGGCGUGUCAGCAUUCCGUGAGUUCUUCCCAGACUUCCUGUGGCUGCUACGUGACGUGUCUCUGAACAUGGAGGAUGAGAACGGCAGAGAAAUGGAUCCUACUGAGUACCUGGUGACUAAGGAUGUAGGACAGGCCAUCCUUGCGUCCUUCUCAUCAAUUGAAUGCGCAACCUUGGAACGUCCUUCUGGCGACACCACAAUUAUGACUAACAUAGCUCAGCACACAAACAGCCUGAACCCAAAGUUUACCAAGGGAGUUGAUGAGCUCAUCGAGAGUUUGUUGCAAAAGGCACGUGCAAAGAGGGGCUACAACAAGGGAUCGACUGUCAAUGGUUUGGCCCUCAGCAUCAUGACAAAACAGUAUGUGGAAGCGGUCAAUGACCCCAACUCCAUCCCUGCCCUGGACAACACCUGGAAGAACACAGUGGAGGUCAUGUGGGGCAAGGCUAUAGAGAAGGCGGUUAUGGAGUACAAACACCAGAUGCAAGACCGGGUUGCUAAAGCCACUGGGAAUGGACAAGUUCCAUUGGAGGAGACUGCAAGCGACGGAACUCUCUUCUAUUCUAGCCAACCGACGCUCAUUGACCUCCACAAUCAACAAUUCGAGGAAGUUAAAGACAAGCUCAUAAGGAGGGUUGGUCAUCUUGGUACCAGCGCAGAGGAUCUGGGCCAUGGGAAUAGGACUGUUGUAGACCGAUUGGAAAAACGUCUGAUUCAAAGAGAGGCUCGUACAGAAUACAACGCCAUCAGGUCGGACGUUACUGGCGGAGAGCUCCUCCACUUCAUCCAACAGAACGAAGAAACUUCCAAGAUCUUCUGUCAGAAGCUUUCUGAACGCCUGUUAGUCACGGUUAGGAAACGCGUAGAUUUUCCUGCCAAAGACUACGACUACAGUGAGUUGGAAAUGGAGGUCUGCCGUGCACAGCAGCAGUACAAGAAGAAGGCCCGUGGUCCACAGAAGUGGGUUGUUCUGCAAGAGAUGACCAAAAACUGUGAGCAGCUUAAGGCUGAGUUUAAGAAGAUUGAGGAACAUCACAAGAAGCUGAUGCUGGCACGGCAGAAGGCAAAGGAUGCAGAACGUCGGGCUAAAGAAAGAGAGGAACAACUGCAGCAGCUGCGCCAGCAGGCACAGGACAUGUCUCGGGCCCAGAGGGAAAUUCUUCAGAAAUUGGAGGAGCAGCACAAAAAGAUGAUGGAGGAGGUGCAACAAGAGGCGCAGGAGCAACGUGAACAGAAGUUCCAAGAGCUAGUAGUGGAACUGGUGGGAGAAAUAAUGAAACAGGAAAUGGAGGAAUUACUAUCCAAGUUGCGGGAGCUGUUGCUGAAAUGCGUGUUAGAAGCACAGCAGCACGAGUUAGACGUCACCAGGCAAGAGCUGGAAUCUCUGCGCAAAGCUAUCGAUGAUUUACCUUCAACUCCUUCUGCAUCUAGUGCAGAUGAUGGGUGCAUCAUCUCGUAA